CGAUUAUUCCAAACCCCGCUGCUGGAGGCGCGCGCUGGGGUGUAGAGGGCGUUCGGGAGGGGGCUUCUGGGCGACCGACAAGGACCGGGAGGGGGAAGGGCUCUGUCUGUAACCUUCCACGCAUACGAAUUUUGGAAUUCUGGAUCCUCUUCUGAGCUUUAGCGGAGGUCACUGCUGUCAGUUCACCAAACUGCGUGCCAGGCGUAGAGCAAAGUGGCAGGGGGGCGGGUGAGGUGUGCUAGAAAAGAUUUGACCUCCUACCUUUCGGGAUCUUACAGUCUAGAAUCAGGCCCUGUCACAUUUUAUUGGGGGUGGAAUUCGAGGAAAUCUCCUUGGAGAAAGUAGCAGAUGGGCGGGACUUCAACCGGAGAGAAUGGAGGAAAUAAAUUAAAAUGGGCAUUCCGAGUCAAGAGAACUGCUUGAGCAAGGAAGAAGGAGGUUUGUAUAUUUGUUCAACAGAGAGUAUUAGGAGCUAAGCCAUUAAAGGUAGGUGGGCCCCGUAUUGUGGAGGCAGAGGAGUUUUUACCUAAUUCAGGGACCUGUUGAGAGCCAGUCAUUGGAGGUGUUGGAGUAGGGAAAGUAGUGGGAUUCAAGCAGAUCCUUAUGAAGAAAGAUCUGGACCCCUGUGUAGCAGUUUGGUGAAGCAGGACGUGGAGACCCAUUAAGAUGCCACUUCAAGAACUAAAAUUAUUAUUAUUUUUUCUUUUCGGACCACUAUUGUGGCCUCUGUCGCCGCGGAGCACAGGCUCCGGACGCGCAGGCUCAGCGGCCAUGGCUCAUGGGCCCAGCCGCUCCGCGGCAUGGGGGAUCCUCCCGGACCGGGGCACGAACCCGUGUCCCCUGCAUCGGCAGGCGGGCUCUCAACCGCUGCUCCACCAGGGAAGCCCCUAAAAUUAAUUUUGAAGAGGCAAUUUAGGUGGGAGGUAAUAAAAAGCUAAACAGGACAUUAGCAUGUAAAGGAGAGGAGAGGAUAUUUGAAGUACAUGACUCAUAAUAGCAAGGCAUGAGGUUACUGACAGGUUGACAGAAGACAGUAGCUUCUUCAUCCCCUCCUAACUCUGGCCAGUGGGCCCCUUUCUAACUCAGCUGGUCCCAGGGACCACAAAAAUUCUGUCCAUCCAUUAUCCUGAUGUGAAGCCGGUUAUAUGGUUCUCUCAGGUUUAAGGAAUCUCCAGACAUAGUCGUCUGGCAAGAAACAGGUAUGAACAGGAUAAUGAAAGGCAAAAUGGGGCAACUGGCCCAGAGUCCCAUCCCUUGCAUUCCAACACCAACCCCACCCCACAAAGGGAGGAUAUUGAAGCACACAGUAAUGCUGACCUGUCCUUCCUGCUCCCAGCUUCUGCAGGGGGGGAGGGGUGUGUUGAGGAGGAAUUUCAGAGUCCAUUUUCUAAACUAAUCUUGUGCUUUGUCCCAUCUCCACUGCUCCCCACCCCCAGGUCUUGAAAACGCCUUGGGGCCUGUAAGAUUCAGUGUUUUCCUUUCAAGAUGCCCCUCUCAGACUUUGUUCUGACCCUGAAGGACAAUCCCUACUUUGGGGCUGGAUUUGGGCUGGUGGGUGUGGGCACAGCCCUGGCCCUGGCCCGGAAGGGUGCCCAACUGGGUCUGGUGGCAUUCCGGCGCCAUUACAUGAUCACACUGGAAGUCCCUGCUCGAGACAGGAGCUAUGCCUGGCUGCUUAGCUGGCUCACUCGCCACAGUACCCGAACUCAGCACCUCAGUGUCGAGACUUCGUACCUUCAGCACGAGAGUGGCCGCAUCUCCACUAAAUUUGAAUUUGUCCCCAGCCCUGGAAACCACUUUAUCUGGUAUCAAGGGAAAUGGAUCCGGGUGCAACGGAGCCGAGAGAUGCAGAUGAUAGACCUGCAGACGGGGACCCCCUGGGAAUCUGUCACCUUCACGGCUCUGGGCACUGACCGAAAGGUCUUCUUCAACAUCCUGGAGGAAGCUCGAGAGCUAGCCUUGCAGCAGGAGGAAGGGAAGACAGUGAUGUACACAGCCGUGGGCUCUGAAUGGCGCCCCUUUGGCUAUCCACGCCGCCGCCGGCCACUGACUUCUGUGGUUCUAGAACAGGGUCUGGCUGACCGAAUUGUCAGAGACAUCCGGGAAUUCAUCGAUAACCCCAAGUGGUACACUGACAGAGGCAUUCCCUACAGACGUGGCUACCUGCUUUAUGGGCCCCCUGGUUGUGGAAAGAGCAGUUUUAUCACAGCCCUGGCUGGGGAACUGCAGCACAGCAUCUGCCUGCUGAGUCUCACAGACUCCAGCCUCUCUGAUGACCGGCUCAACCACCUGCUGAGCGUGGCACCACAGCAGAGCCUGGUGCUCCUGGAGGAUGUGGAUGCUGCCUUUCUCAGUCGAGACCUGGCUGCGGAGAACCCAGUGAAGUACCAAGGUCUAGGUCGUCUCACUUUCAGCGGCCUGCUCAACGCCUUGGAUGGCGUGGCUUCCACUGAGGCACGCAUCGUGUUCAUGACCACCAACCAUGUUGACAGGCUCGACCCUGCCCUGAUACGCCCUGGGCGAGUAGACCUGAAGGAGUACGUGGGCCACUGCUCACGCUGGCAGCUGACCCAGAUGUUCCAGAGGUUCUAUCCAGGGCAAGCAGCUUCCCUGGCCGAGACCUUUGCAGAUCAUGUCCUUCAAGCUACAACUCAGAUCAGCCCUGCCCAGGUGCAGGGCUACUUCAUGCUUUAUAAAAGUGACCCUGCAGGGGCAAUUCACAAUGCGGAGUCUCUGAGGAGGUGACAACUGGGCUGUGCCCAGCCCUCUCCUCCUCUAGGAGAUCAAUAAACACCUGUCAUGCUA